AUGGCUUCGCAAAUCGACGAAAGGGAUGCAGCAAUCGAGUUCGAUUCGGCCGCUGAUUGCUCCAUUUACUCGACGAUCACGGCUGUGGAUCUCUUGGAGUUGCAAGAUGACCCGAUCUCAACGUUGUCAACGGCUCACGAUGCAUCGGUUUAUUCGCUCUUGGAGAGCGUGAUCAGUGUGAGCAUGGUGAAUUUUGCAAAGGAUACGGUUUAUCAAGAGGACGUGGAUUUGUCGACCGCCUGGGAGUGCUCGGAUCCAUCGUGCUACACGCCGGCUCGAAACACGUGCAUCGUUGAAUUUUCGGAUGGCUUUCUUGUUCCUGAGGCUGUGUCGCUUGAGUCGGUGUUGAGUGAGAAUGUUUCCUUCUACGAGGUGAUGCCGAGCGAGAUUGAAGUUGAACCCACUUUUGCCUAUCAGACGUUCGGCGGUGUACGUGCAAUCGAUUCGCUUGAUGAAGUCUCUAAGCGAACCACCACCAAGUUGAUCCCCGUUUUCCCUGAAUACACUCAAUUUGCUUGGAAUGAUGUGAAGACAGAUGUCUCUGAGCGUUCAAUGAGCCCAUCGGAGAUCGAGGUCGAGUUUGAGCCGUGGAACGAGUGGUGCCGUGGCUUUGUCGACGGUGGAAAGCAACAACAA